AUGGUUCAAAUUCUCGGAAAAGAAGUCGGCACUACAGGCUACGGCCUCAUGGGCUUUGGUUUCGCCAAGGACCGGCUGACGCUCGACGACGUGCUCACCACGAUGAAGGCCGCCUACGACAGCGGCUGCCGCCUGUGGAGCGGCGCCGAGUUUUACGGCCCGCCCGACUGGAACAGCCAGCUCUUCAUCAAGGAGUACUUUACGCGGUACCCCGCCGACGCCGCGCACGUCGUCGUCUGCAUCAAGGGCGGCCUCGACACGCAGAAGCUGGCGCCCGACACGAGCGCGGCCUUUGUGCGGCAGUCGAUUGACAACAUCCUCGCGCAGCUGGGCGGGAAGAAGAAGCUCGACAUCUUUGCCGUGGCGCGCCGCGACACCACGGCCGACUUUGCGGCGACGCUGCGCAUGAUUCGAGACGAGUACGUCGACACGGGCAAGAUCGGCGGCGUCUCGCUGAGCGAGUGCUCAGUGCAGACCGUGGAGGAGGCCGUCCAGGUGGUGCCCGUGCAGCUGGCGGAGCUGGAGCUGAGCCUGUUUACGACGGACAUUUUGCACAACGGCAUCGCAGCCGCGUGCGCCAAGCACGACAUCCCCAUCAUGGCCUAUUCCCCCGUCGGCCGCGGCCUGCUCACCGGCGCGGUUCAGAGCGCCGCCGACAUCAAAGGCCGGCUGGGCAUGUUCCCGCGCUUCCAGGGCGCGGCCCUCGACCAUAACCUGCAGCUGACGGCGCGGGUGCAGGCCCUCGCCGCGGACAAGGGCUGCACGCCUGCGCAGCUCGCGCUCGCCUGGGUGCGCCGGCACGACCACCUCGACGGGCAGCUGCCGGCCGUCAUCCCCAUCCCGGGCACGACGUCGGUCGCGCGGGUGCACGAGAACACGGCCGAGGUGCGGCUGUCGGACGACGAGUUUGCGUCGCUAUCCAAGCUUGCCAACGAGUUUGAGACGGCGGGCGCGCGGUACCCGUCCAUGUUCCCGACCAACACGUAA